AUGUCUCUCAGACUGUCCCGGAUGCUUCUCCUCCUCCCCGCUCUGGCGAUUUCGGCUGCAGCAGUGCCACAUGCCCCAGCCACCCCUGGGCCGACCGUUCCUCCUGUCAAGUGUCCUCGCCAUAAUCCUUCAGUCCAGAAUGGAACACUCGUCGACCAGCUCUGGGAACAGAACUGCGACCUCGUGACCAAGUUUCUCAACAAUGCAUUCACCGCUGCCCAAGCAGCACAAACCUCCCAAGGGACUCUCGAGUCACUGCAAUACUAUUUCGUUCAAGAUUAUUACUAUCUCACCUUGACCGUUCCUCACAAGGCUUAUCUAUUGAAGUCCUUGGAUAAGAACGAAUCUGCCGCUGAGCAGACAUCUGCGAUUAACGAAACAGUUCUUGAUAUGACUGGGGAUCUCGAAUACGCAAGCAGUUUUCGUCAUGACCUUACAAGCCCGGAGCAUCUCAAUGUGAGCAGCAGCGUCGUGACGAACGCAAAGCUCGAGCCCGUUCUACGAGAAUAUGUCGAUUGGCUGGGAGGCAAUACAAAUCUUGGCUGGUACCUCUGGAGCAUAUCAAGACUCCCCUGUAUCUACGGAUGGGCUGAGAUUGCGUAUCAGCUAAAUCAGUCGUCUACCACCGUGAGAGGGACAAAAUUCGUCGACGAGUGGCUUACUCCAAACCUCGAAUGGAGAUAUGGAACUAAGCUGUCCGUUGAGUUACAGGAAGUGGUGGUCGCAAACAACAACACUGAGACAUUUGCUGUUGCCAAUGGGCUCUUCCGCAAGGCUCUGGAGUACGAGACUGCCUUUUUUGAGAGUGCGCUAGGAAAGACUCUCAAGGACUGA